AUGACAGCACUUCCACUGAUACCUGAUGAUCCAAGUUCGCCAUGGCGUCAACAAAUGACGGACGUAGAAAACAGUACAGAUAUGCUGCUAAAGUGUAAAACUGUACCAGAGAUAUGGGACUAUGCACUGAAAAAGUUUGCAAAUUUACCUUGCGUUGGAACACGACGUUUUAAAGGUUCCAUUAAGGAAACUCAACCUGAUGGACGAAUUUUUGAGAAGCUUGCAUUAGGCGAUUAUGAGUGGCGAACUUACAGCGAAGUCGACGACAGAAUUGAAGCUGUUGUAAAAGGUUACAUACACGAGAAGAAUUUACGAUUACACUGUUGGCAUGCUGCAAAAGUAAUUGCCCAGGCAGCUAAAGCGCUAGAAGAUAAAUGUUCGAUAAAAAACUUGAUUUAUUUCUCUCAUUCGGAUCCCGAAGCUGUUGUUAAAAUACCGAAAAGGUUUAGUGAAUUGAAAAUUCAAUGCUUACCGUUUGAAAAAUUGAUGGAACUUGGCAACGAAUCUGAUCAUCUAUCAAAUAUAACACAAACCGAGGUUCCAAAGCCAGAUGAUACAGCAAUGAUAAUGUAUACCAGCGGUACCACAGCUGCUCCAAAAGGAGUUGUUUUGUUGCAAAAGAAUUUGGCGACAGCUGUAAAUGCUCACGCUGAACGACUUCAACUAAAUUCGCAAGAAACCUAUAUCGGUUUUUUACCGUUGGCACAUAUUUUUGAAAUUUGUGCUGAAAUUAUCGCUUUUGCAAGAGGUAGCAGAGUUGGCUAUUCAUCAUCGCUUACAUUAUUCGAUGGUGCUCCUGGACUGCAGAACGGACAACGUGGUGACUGUGCUGUUUUGCAACCAACAAUUUUUGGUGCAACUCCAGCAAUAUAUAAUCGUAUUCUUCACUACAUUAAUGGUUGUGUUGAAAAAUUACCUCCGUGGAAAAAAGAACUGUUCAAAGUUGUUUAUAAGUAUCUAAAUGAACGAUUUGACCAAGGUUAUGACGACAUUUAUCUUGCUCGAAUUAUGUUUGUCGGUUUUCGGAAGAUACUCGGCGGUAAAGUGAAGCUGCUGGUUGCUGGCGGUGCACCAAUGAACCAGGAUACUCAAAGGUCAAUCAAAAUGUGCUUUGCAUGCCCAUUUUUACAAGGCUAUGGUGCAACAGAAACUGGUGGUUGUGGUGCCAUCAAUUUAAAAUUCAAAAUUCUUCCUUUUAUAGUCAAUAGCCUUCGAUUUGACGAGAUUGGACCACCAGAAAUUUUACUGGAUGUAAUGCUGCGUGAAUGGAUUGAUGGUGGUUAUUCACCAAAAAAUAAGAUACCACAAGGCGAACUUUGCAUCGGUGGGGAUAAUGUAACAGCCGGUUAUUUAGACAAUGAAGAGUUGACCAAAGAAGCAUUUUUUGAUUUAUAUGGCAAACGUUGGUUUGCAACUGGUGAUAUUGCAGAAUUUCGGCCAGACGGUUCUAUAGUUAUCAUUGAUCGCAAAAAAGAUUUGAUUAAGUUGGCUCAGGGUGAAUAUGUUUCGUUGGGAAAGGUGGAAACAUAUAUUGGUGCAAUUCCCUCGGUUGAAAAUGUUUGUGUUUGCGGGAAUUCUCGGAAGGACUAUGUGGUAGCAAUAAUUGUUCCAAAAAAAGAAUAUAUAAACGCUUUUGCGAAAUCGGUCAAAAAACUUAAAUGUAAUUUUCUAAAUAUAUGUUUAGGUAAAUUAAAUAAGAUGGAGAUUCCUCGAAAGCUCUAUUUAUGCGCAGAUGUAUGGACACCAGUUGGAGGUUUGGUAACAGCUGCAUUUAAAAUAAAACGGAAGUGCAUCGAAGAAAAAUUCAAAGAAGAAAUUAACACAAUGUAUAAAGACUAA